AUGGAUUAAUUUUAAUUAUUGAAAUUAUUAUAAGGAUCAAUUGAUUAAUAGGAUUUUAUUAGAAAUGAAUCACUUUAAUUGUUGGAUUAAACCUUUUAGAAUUUAAAUGAAAUGAAUUCCUUAUUUAAUUUAAUUAUUGAAAAGAAUCAAUUAGCAGAAAUUUAUUUGAAUUAUUGGUUGAAAAAUCACAAAGAAAACUUAGAUUUAAAUUAAUAUUAAUAACUUAGAUCAAUUAUUACUUAAAUAUAUAGCGAAAAAAACAAUAAAAGUAUUUAAAUAAGAAAGGCAUUACUAUUCAUAUUGAUUUAAGAAUAAAAUGAUCUAGAAUUAAUAUAAUGGAUCAUUAGAUAAAAGGAUAUUUAAUUAAUAUAUUACUUAUUAAAAGAACUAUUUAAAGAUGAGGGAGAUACUCAAAGAGUUUAGUAUUUAUGUCAAUAAAGUUAAUCCAUGAUUAGUGAUACUGCAUUAGAAAUUUCAUUAAAAUUAAUAAUUUUAACAUAAAAAAUAAUAAAAAAUACUGCAAAUAUUGAGUUUAUGAAAUAUUUAGGAGAAUUAGAAAAACAAAUCUAUAAUAACAACUUUAGAGUUAUAUACUUAAUAUAAAAAUAAUCUUAAACAAAUUAAUUUAUAAUAAGAAUUUUUAAUUAGAAUGUUUAAGUUAAUUACUAUUUGUAUUGAAUAAAAUAUAUUUUACUAAUUAAAAUUUAAAGUAGAUAUAAUUAGUGUUUGUUUCAGAAUAAUAAUUUAAAAAUGAUAUUGAAAAUUUAAAAGAUCUUCCUAUCUAAUAAAAUAAAUUAGUUUUAUAGGUUUUAAAGAUUCUUAAGUUGUUAUUAUAAAAUCAUAUAUAUGAUCCUCUUCUUGCUUUAGAGUAAGUAAAUUAAAAUGGAUUAGAAUUUGAAUUAGUAUUGUUUGAAGGAUAUUUCAAUAAUAUUUUAAAGUUUUUGAUUUAAUAUGCUUUAAUUUUAAGCCCAGCUUAAUUAUACGAUAUAUAUUAUGAUUAAGAAGAGGCAUAUGCUGAAAACAAUAAUUCAUCAUAUGAAAUUAGAGACACAGCUAUUGAUUUUCUGAUUGCUUCCCUUUAAAGUCAUAAAGCUGAUGAUGUUAUUUAAAUUAUGAAUGAAUAAUUUUAAUAAACGCCAGAAUUAAAGAGUUUUUAAAAUGUGAUAUAGAAAGAAGCUAUAUAUUAUUUAAUUAGAAAUGUUAUGCUUGAUAUGCAAUUUGAUAUGGAUUAAUAUAUAGUAUAAUUUUAAUAAGAAUUGUUAUCUAGAGAUACAUUGUUUGAUCCAUUAAAAAUUUAGAUUUUAUAAAUAUUCAUUAGAUAUCUAAAAUAUAAUGAAUAAAUUCCAGAAGAUAUAUCUUAAAUAAUUAUUAACAUUAUCUUAACAUUAUAAACAACAAAUAAAUGUAUUCUUCUUUUGUAGAUUGAAUGUUUGAAUUAAUUAAUUGAGAUAAUAGAUUAGCCAAGUUAAUUUUGGCCAAAUAUACAAUAAAUAUAUAGCAGUUUUUAAAAUUAGGAGAGUAAAAUAUGUAUUUUCAAUUUUUAUUCAUAAUUAACUAAGAAAGAUUAGUUUUAAGAUCAUUCCUGGAUUAUGUAGUAAUUUUAUUAAGAAUGGUAAGGGAAUAAUUUAAACAUUUAAGAAAAGAUUAUUGAAACUUUAAUUGAAAUAAUUUAUAGGAAUGAUUAAUUAGUCUUACAUUUAGAUGUAUGUAUUUUUAUAAUUUAAUAAAUCUUCAAUUAAAAACAAUAGAUUUUAGUAGAAAUAGGAACAGAAUUAUUACUAAUGUUUUUAAGUAAAUGUUAGAUAUUGAAAAUAUAAAUAUCAAAUGAAUUGUCACUUUUUAUUUAAAAUAUAAUGAAGGAUUAAUUGAUAAAAUAAAGUGAAUUUUGGAUUUAAUGUAUUUUAAUAUAGACAUUUUUGUUAUAUUUAAAGAAUUUUGAUGAUUAAUUGAUGAGGGAAACUUUAUUUAUGUAAGUAUUAUAAUUUUCAGAAAUAAAAGAUGAAGCUUAUGAACAUAUUUUCAUUCCAUUAAACAUUUAUAUUUAAGUAAAACAAUAAUCACAUAAAGAUUUUGGUGAAGUUAUAUUGAAUUAUUUAAUAAAUCAGUCAUUAAGUCCUAUGUAAUUAAUUAAGUUAGGGAAUUUUUUGUCUUUAAUUAAUGAUUUAGUAUUAGAAGAUAAAAUAAAUUCUUAGAUACUAUAAGCUCAUAUUUUGUAGAAGGAAUUCUAAUUAGAAUAUUUCAAAAAUUUUAUAAUUCUAUAACAGAGGUCUAAUUCUCAAUUGAUAUAAUAUUGUUAGUAAAUAUUUGAAGAAUAAUCAGCAAAACAUAUAGAUUCUAAUAAACAUUAUAUAAUAAGUGAAUUAAAACCUUUACUUAGUCAUCGUAGAUUGAGAUUAGAAUGA